UUGCUUCCGGGGCCGAGGUGAGCGGUGACGUCACGGCAGGUACCUGGCCCAGGUGUUGGGGGGAGAGGUGGCGGCGGCGGCAGCGGCGAUGAGAAGCAGCGAACCGGGAUCCGGGCUCAGCGCGAGAGGCAACAUGUGCGGCUUCGAUAAGGUGAACGGUCCCCAGCAUUUGAUGAGGAAGGGCAUCAUAUUGAUUUUUAUUGGGCACAUCAACUUCAUCAUGGGUGCGAUUGUCCACGGCACAGUCCUGAGGCACAUCUCAAAGCCCGAGGGCAAGGUGACAGCUGAAUAUUCGGUGGCCAACAUUAUUUGUGUCAUCUCUGGUUUGUUGAGUAUCAUAACUGGGAUCAUUGCCAUUCUGGUCUCGCGAAACUUAACCAAGACAAAACUGCACUGGGGAUUGAUGUCAAUCUCUCUAUCAAAUAUUUUGAUAUCGUUGGCCUGUUCGGUUGGACUAAUGCUCGCCAUUGUGCUGACAGUAUCACUAGGUGGCAGGAACCUGAUUUCUGGCUGCAACUCUACAAUGGUGCCAGCUAUCUCCAACAGGGCAAUGAUAAUGAACGACUGCCCGUUUGACACGACACGCAUUUACGACACCACACUGGCCUUGUGGAUUCCAUCAAUGGUGCUGUCAACUGUUGAGGCAAUCCUUUCCAUCCGUUGCCUCAUAGUGUCCAUGAUUCUUCGAGGAAUAGGUCCUUGUGGACAGAGUGACAUGAUGGACCGGCUUGAGGAAGAAAACCCAGCAAAAGGAAAGAAAGGACGGGAAUUGGAAACUUUUAAACUCAUCAGGAAGAGCAGCAACAUUCAGGUGUAGUGAAAUGGGCCAACGUCUCUUUUACCAACUCAGCGCAGUGCCAGUUAUGUUGGAAUUCAUACAAAGCAACUGAGAGUGACGGGUGGGUUUAGGGGAAUGUGCACGUAAUCUUUUGACAAUGAGGAAGCUGCACUGGUAAUUUAGUUUCUGUUUUUAACUUGUAAUGUGGAACUGGAGGAGUCAAAUGUAUAUAAAAAUAACUGUUGUAAUGUGGAACUGGAGGAGUCAAAUGUAUAUAAAAAUAACUGUUGUAAUGUGGAACAAUUGUAAUGUGGAGCAAAAUUCUCAUUAACAAAAAAAAAAAUCUGAACUACACCCAAUGGCUUUGUGUUAAAGGCAACACUUGGAAUAACAGGAAGUCAGCCAAGCCAAAAGCCCUGGUGUGCGAUUUCCAGUCUGUGUUAAGUUGAUUGUGUUAAGUCAGGAGAAGUGUGGAUGCUAAACUGGUUACGGUUUGUUACCAUAAAAAGGUAGCUGCCAGAUUUCCUGGUCCUAGUUGCUGUGCAGAUUGAAAGUGGACAUCAGCUGAAGAAAGGGGCAGACUCAUAUGUGAUUCUGUUCAUGAAAGAAUAACCAGCCCUGUUCAUUGUCUUAAGGCUAAUGGGUGAAGAUUUAGCACCGUUAGGAGAACCUAUUCCUCCCUUUCUGUUUAGAUCCCUGUACACGACACAGUAAAUCUAGUACUGAAGGGCUUUUCUUUCUAAUUGCUUCUGCUGAAUGUGAUCUUUGGAUAUGAGAGAGACAACACCGGAGCUGCCUUGUGUUCUGCUCACAGUACCUUUCCCUGGUGGACUGGCUAAGCUCAGAAAAUGACUACUGUUCAACUCUUGAGUGCCUUGUGAUUCUGCUGCUGAUUUCUGUAAUCCUGUCUGUUUGCCAGGCAAUAUCUGGAUGUGGCUGGCAGUCUUUGCACUUUCCCACCUAAAGUCAGGGGCUUUGAAUGGCAUUGGACCAAGAGUCUAAAGUUUCUACAACUUCAGCAUAGUGUUAAAUGUCUUUUUUUUUUCUGAUAGCUCAGGAUAGUGUGGGACUUAGUGAAAACUGAACAGGAACGUACUGCAACUCAAAUCCCUGUCCCUGGCUUAUCUGAGAGCAGGAUAAUACAAUUGGCUUCAGUGACUCUGAGUCAGGGAUGGUAAUAAACUCUCUAGACGUCCAGUAGAUCAUUUUGCUGGAAAUUGGCUUGAUAUCCAACCAAAUGUCAGAAGACUUUGCAAAAUUGACGAUCAAGACUCGGACCUGAAGAUUGAUGGAUUGGGAGAAAUACCCGAAGCUGACCAACCAACUUGAACCUAGGUGCAGAAUUAACACCUGCAGGAAAGGAGAGCAGAGGGGAAAAUAUUUGAAUUGUAGCAUUGCGACAGUGCUGUUUCCAAGGACUUGUCAUGUGUUGAUUUUUUUCUCCCCCAAACCCCACCAAGUGAAGUAUUUGUGUAGGCCUGCUGUAAAUGUGAAUUAUUCAGAAACUGCAACAAAUGUUAGAAUUUUAAUGUGGAUUUGAAAGGUUCUUAAUGAAUACUCCUCUUAAAAUCAUGAUUUGUUGCCUUUUUUAAGUGCCUUUUUGAGAAUACAACCGUAUCAUGGUUUAGGAAUUUUUAAUGCAAGCAGAAAAAUUAGAGAUUUAAUCCAAUUCUUUUCUUCUCGCUCUUUCUGCUCUCUUCUUUCUUUUUCUCCUUCUCAUUAUCCCACCCUGCCUUUCUUGUAUCCAUCAUCUCUUUAACUACUGAGUGUGCUGAAAUCUGAGAUCCCUUAUCUUCUUACUGUAACAUUUGUGUGACAUUCAGCACUUCACCCAGUACGCCUGGAAAAUUGUGAUAAAGCUGCAGCAGAUCUGAACCCUUUGUCUUUAUUGGAGAAGACCUAAUAGGGUACUGAGCUGAUUGAAAUGGAUAGUCUCGGGUUCAAUCCCAGCACUGUCCUGAGUUGCGGUGUUCAUAAUGUUAUUCUGAUUGGCCUGAAAGGUUCUUGGUUAGGGAUGAGCCAGCAUCACAAUCUGCAGGAACCCUGCUGAAAUUGCUGCUGCUCCUCCCAGUCGAACAGCUGUGGUUCACAACUGAGAAAUGGCUACAUCUGGAGAUACAAGAGGGAUUCUGUCACCUGUCUCACCCUUUCAGAAAAGGGGAGAAAUAAGAGUUGGGCAGAGAGGAAUCCAUACAUGGGUGUGCACCAAUGUUCAUCUGAAACAACAUUUCAGUGUUGUUUUAGGAUCCAAUUAUCAAUUUAACAACACCAGCCACAAAAUUUGCGGCUUCUUUGUUUGACAAAUUACACACUUUCACCGUUUGAAAGCUGUUCUGGCAUCCAACAAAUUCCAGGCCAGGUUAACUAAGACUCCUUUUUGUUGGGUUAUCCAAACCAUGUGCCUUAACGGCCAACAUUGGAAUUGCGAUCUCAAUGAUCUGAUUUCCGCAGCAGUUGUUUUUGUGGCCAUUCUGAGGAGGUGCUUCUGAUCAUUUGUGGUAAACUGAGAGUAAUUUGACACCUCACAGCCUUAUCACCACAGGAAUUUCUUUGCAAAUGUCUGAAUACAGGAGGUUGACAGAUGGCAAAGACAGUCGGGGGUGCAUUUAAAUAUAGGCUUAGUGUUGAAAAUCCAAUGGUUUUUAACCAUUGCCACUCAAUUCCCUGCAAACCACUUAUAACACCAUUUAUGAAUAAAGUUUUGCGGUUGUAAGAACAACUAGUGAGCUGCCUCGCUGGAGCAUUAGGUUUAAUGAGUGUGAGCAAGCAAUGGUGGACCAGCAGGUUCCUGGCUGGAGUUCAUCUGGUUCUCUGCUGAGUUGGUUAAUCGCGCCAGGCGUAGGGGCGUAAGAAGGAGGAUGCUAUGACAAUUGGCUCUGAUGCCCUUGGGCGAGGGGGGAGAGGCUUGGCCUUUUUCAAAGAAGUUUCAGACAUUUGCUACAGUUACCCUUCAUCAUAGAUCUCAUCCCUGCUGGAGAGGGGAGCAAAGUAAUUCUGUGGGCCAGAUUUCAUAUCAUAAAUUUCAUCUGGUUUAAUUGAAUUCCAAAAUAACAAUGAUGGCAGAGAUGGAAAGUAUUUGAAUUAUUAUGUUUUUAUUUUUUUUUUAAAAAAAGACAGCAAAGGGCAGAUUUUGGUCUUCAGUUCUGUUGAAAUGGGUGGGAUUUUAUUUCCAGUUUUUCAUCUUGUUUAUACACAAUUGCUGAAAGUUGUUCUUCUAUAUCCAUUAUGUGUUAGAUGUGACUAUUUAAUUCAAAAACAGAAUUACCUGGAAAAACUCAGCAGGUCUGGCAGCAUUGGCGGAGAAGAAAAGAGUUGAGUUUCGAGUCCUCAUGACCCUUCGACAGAACUUGACUAUUUAAUUGUCUUUCAAAUAAAGAUUGAUAAUUGAA